UGUGUUAAACAGCAACACACAUGAACCCCAGCACACACACACAAACACCCCUUAAGCUCUCAGACCCCAGUCCCUGUGUGGAUCCAGCAUCACAUUCCUCCUGGAGCUUCUCCUCUUCUUCCACGUGACCGACGGACCAUGGAGUUAUUAAAGAGUGCAAAGUGUUUACUACCAACGUCCUGAUUAACAUUGUUGGAAGAGAGAUCACUGGUUGGUGACCCUGUAGGUGAGAUGGUCGAGUUGUAACUGUUACAUCUAUAGUAACAGUAUGGUCCUAGACCGUAUCAACACACCCACCAACCCUCUCAAGAUGAGUCUAAUGGACGUCUCCAAGAUCUUCUCUCUGCUACAGCCCAAGGAAGAGGAUGAGGACAGUGAGCAUGGCCAGGCUCUGAACCAGGCGGUGAGCAGUGAUGACGUGGUGGUGUUAGCUGAGCUGUUGUCUCAGGAGAGCUACAGAAGGAGUAUCAACAGCAGAAGUGGCUGGGGGAUCCCUGUUACCCCCCUACGGACCGCCGCAGCACAUGGCCACCUGAGGUGUCUGGAACUGCUGCUGGAGCACGGAGCCGAGGUGGACAGUCUAGAUGUGAAGGCCCAGACCCCUCUGUUUACAGCGGUCAGUGGUCAACACCUGGACUGUGUUGUGGUCUUACUAAAGGCUGGAGCCGACCCCAACGGCAGCCCGUACAACAACUGUUCCCCGGUGCUGACCGCCGCCCGCGAGGGAGACGUGGAGGUCCUCAGGGAGCUGCUUCAGUUCGGAGCCGAGGUCGACGUCUGGCCCAAAGUCCCUGAGUGGGCCUCCAACGCCACAGCCUGCAGGGGACCCCUGUACAUAUCCGCUGUAUAUGGACACCUGGACUGUUUUAAGCUGCUGCUGCUCCAUGGGGCUAAUCCGAACUAUAACUGUAAGUCAGAGAAGCUGCUGGCCAGGAUCAAGCAGCCCAAGACGGUGCUGGAGAUGUGUCUGAGGUAUGGCUGUGGAGUGGAAUACAUACAGCUGCUCAUAGACUUUGGGGCAGACGUGUAUCUGCCCACGCUGAUUAUUGACAAGACCACCAAGCAGAACGAAGCCGUGGUGCUGCUGCUCAAAGAGAGAGUUUGUCCCAAUACUCUGAUGUCACAGACACGGCUUGCGAUUUGGAGCUACCUCCCCAUGGUUAACAAAAUGGCGUCCAUAGACCGCUUGGACAUUCCCCAGAUAUUGAGGAACUACCUGAAACAUCUCACCUGACCACUAACCCCUGACCUCUGAACUCUGUAUGAAGAUGAUGUCACGAUAUGCUAUAUGGCAGUGUCUCAAUAGUCUAAAGUGGAUUCCUCUGCUUCAUCGCCAAUGUUGUGAAAACAUGUUAGGUGAAAGCAAUAUUGAGGAGGAUUUCUGCAAAACUUAGACAAAAGUGCAACAAUUUCAUCCAGUCCUCUACUGUCUCUACUGAGUGCAUCAUGGGCUGCAAAGUCCAGUUUGUUCUGUUUUUAUUGUAAGCGUGAAUAAUAAUUAUGCCAAAUUUGCCUUUGAAUAGCUGUAGAGGUUUUAAUAGAAUAAACAUAUUUAUUUAACUUUAUCUCUGUGAUUGAAUUCAGCAAAUGUUUGGUAAAUAAAAUCAUUGGAAAUUGGUUGAAAGCUGCUGAAACUUUGGUGAAACUAUGGUGAAGACACUGCCCUCUUCUGGACAGUUAUAUGAGUGCAGCCCACAGAGCUUCAGGAGAAGCCUUUUGUAAGUGUAAAACCAUGAGUAACCACUAGAUGUCACACUACCACUGUAAAUGUAUUCUCCGUCUAUGAAAUCACUGCUCAUCUUUGGCAAGUAAUCUUUAGUCAAGCUAAAAACAAUGUCAUUUAUGGAAUCUUGCUCGCAUUAUGCGUGACCUUGCUAAUAGCUCAGUGACGCAGUGUUGUGGAGCGCUGAGACCCAGGUUCAAACCCAGUCAGUCACUGGAGCAGCAAACAGGGAGAAGAUGCCUUAUUUGAACAGGAUUAGUACACAGACAGGAUAUGACAUCACAUUACAGGAUGAGGAUGAGGAUAUCCUGUCGAACUUCCCAUUGACCUUAGGACACAGUUCAGUAUAUAGAGGUUUUAAUUUCAACAGAAGUACAGUUAUAUCCGAUGUGGUUCAGUUUUUACAGAGAAAUACAACAUAAUAAUUCCCAGUGCUCUUUGAUUACAUCAAAAUGUAUAGACUUCUCGAUGCUCCCCAUUCACAGUUUCAGGAUUUGAAUAGGCAUUACUUAGUUUCAGGGUUGUUUUUUUCCAUUUCUACAACAAAUCAAAACAAACCUAAUCUAAGGCCAGAGAGAAAAUAUAUGUGACUGCUAUUUGUACUGUACAUGGUGAUGACAUUUCUGACUGACAGAUAAAAUAGAAGUCCAAAACCCCCCAUUCUAGAUGGCAAUGUGAAUGUACAAUGAAUAGCCUAGUAGCUCCAACAGAACUUGUUACUUGUCUUGUAAUCUGUUUCUUUGAUGUUUUCAGUAUCCAUACAUUAGUACCCUGACUGUUCUGAAACCACAUACUACUGUAUAAUCAACUAGAGAAAAGCAACAAGGAUUUGUAAUGAUGACUGUGCGUACGUCCCAAAUGGCACCCCAUUCCCUGUAUAGUGCACUACUUUUGAUCAGGGCCCAUAGGGAAUAUAUAGGGAAUAGGGUGCUAUUUGGGACAAAGACAAUAUAUCAUAUGUAUAAUGGCUGCUCCAGAUUUCUCCUUCCUUUCAGCCCUAAAUAUAGACUCACCCGGCCAACAACAGAAUCAAGGGCUUAUACUGCCAAUGUCUAAAACAACAACAAACAUCUGAUGUUAAUAUCAACAUAAUAUACCAUAUUUAAUUUCAUAAUAUUUGUGAUAUUAUUGGGAGGAUAUAUAGCUCCUUCUACCAGCUUUCUUAUUGGUUCAGCAUAAAUACAUGCUUACACCAUGAA